GGUAGUUCCUUGAUGCACGAUCCACCUGAGCUUCAAGUGGCGCAUCCUUGCCGCAAGCUGUCCUCCCCGCAACAACGACCAACGCACCUCCACUUCACGAACCGCCCUACAUAUCCUCCUCCACUCUUCACCCAGGAACUACCUUGUGUUAAGAGCUUAAGCCCUUACAGACAGUCACGAUGCCCGGCAAGAUCAUACCCGUAACCUCCGCUUCGCACUUCUCUCAACUUCUGUCGCAAUCCAAAUACACUAUUGUCGACUUCUAUGCGGAUUGGUGCGGGCCAUGCAAGGCAAUUGCGCCAGUCUUCCAGGGCUUGGCAGAGAAGGAAACAAAGCCAGGCAAGAUGCAAUUCGUCAAGGUGGACGUAGAUAGCCAACAGGAAGUUGCAAAGAAGUACGGCGUCAGCGCUAUGCCAACCUUCCUCGUCAUCAAAUCUACCUCCGUCGUCGAAACCAUCCGAGGCGCCAACCCAGCAGCCCUCACAGCCGCCGUCCGUAAAGCCGCAAACGACACUUCUGGCCCUGGUGCAGCCCCCGCUGUCUUCCAGACCAAAGGCCGCACACUUGGCUCCGCUUCAGAACCCAGUCGGCCUGUAGGCGAAAGCCCGUUUGCCGGCCUACAACGGAUGCUGACUGGUAAUGGUGGACUAAGCGAUACGCUGGUCAGGUUUGCAGCGCUGUACUUUAUUAGCCUGUUUGCGUUUGACUCUUUCAAGGCCGCUGAGGAGAGUCCGUUCAAUGUUCGUGCGAGACGGUAGACGAGCGCGAAGGAAACGGAGUGAUAGCACAUGCAGAGGUUCGGCGUUUUGGAUGAGAGCAUGGCGUUUAUGGUAUACCAUUUUGAGGUUGAGUGUUUUCGCAAUAUUGGUAUUAUCGGCAGCAACGGUAUCGAAGAGCUCGUUCGAGCUUCUAGGUACCGUCAGUACGAUAUCAUAUUCACAUUUCGAUCUUGAAUCCACUCUGAUUCUAGUAGGAUUGGUCUGGACUCAUCAUUGUUUCGCAUUAUUCUCAGUCUACAACGAUGCACGGCGUACUAGUAACUGUGUUCCGCAUUUUCCUUUGACUCCCAGCUUGACUUGAAGUUGCCAGAAGGAAAAGUCCACGUGUGACCUGUCAUGGCUUUGUUGUUCCAGCAAGCUUUGCGCAACCAGCCACG